AUGACUCGUACUUCUGUUUUAGCUGAUGCUCUAAAAUCAAUUACCAACGCUGAAAAAACUGGUAAGCGUCAAGUUUUGGUGAGACCAUCUUCUAAGGUCGUCAUUAAAUUUCUACAGGUUAUUCAAAAGCAUGGUUACAUCGGUGAAUUCGAACUAAUCGAUGAUCACAGAUCCGGUAAAUUAGUGGUUCAACUAAAUGGCCGUCUCAACAAAUGCGGUGUCAUCUCACCACGUUUCAACGUUAAGAUUGGGGACAUGGAGAAGUGGACUGCUAAUUUGCUGCCAGCCCGUCAAUUCGGUUACGUGAUCUUGACUACUUCUGCAGGUAUCAUGGAUCAUGAAGAAGCAAGAAGAAAGCACGUCUCAGGUAAAAUCUUGGGAUAUGUCUACUAA